UUUUGAUCACCUCCUCAUCAAAGAUGGAUCUGCAAAUCUCAGUUUUUCUUCUGUUAAUUCUUUUCACUGCAGGACACACUCUCAGCUGUUAUAAGUGCAUGAGUACAAACGGUACUUGUGCAAAGCAAACGGAAGAACUAUGCACCAAUGGAGCCUCUUCAUGUUCAAGUCUUACAACAGUGUCACGAGAUGGUAAUCAAACUUAUAAAGGUUGUACUACUGACUGCCAACAUGGGUCCCAGAACAUAGGUAUUUCUAAGAUGGCUACUUUCUGCUGUAACACUGACCUGUGUAAUGUCAAAGAUGCUCCAGAUGAUUUUAACAUCCCCAAUGGAAAGAAAUGUUUCUCUUGUGAUGGGCAGAACUGCACAAACAUAUUGAAGUGUACAGGGAGUGAAGACCGUUGCUUUAAAUAUGAAGGGACUUCCGGAAACGAGUCAUUUGUUAUACAAGGCUGUAUCUCUAAAUCUUUUUGUGAUACCUCAACGGUUUAUAAUGUUACAGUCCUCAGAUGUUGUGAGGGAAACCUGUGUAACGGUGGAGCCAACAACACGAGUUUCACCCAGAACACCUUCCUGUUCUUCUGCUGUUCUCUGCUCUACUUCCUGCUGCAAUGAAUACAGCAACUCUACAGAUUCUACAUCGCUAAUUUUCUCUGAACUAAAUUUGGUGGGACAAAAUAAUAUGGACACCCUUUAUUAUUAUUAUAGGGGUUAAAAUCUUUUGUGUAAAACACAAAACAUUGCAAUUAUCAUUUAUUUUUUGAUGUUUAAAUUCUCUUGUUUGUAUGUCAGUGGGGUAUAUGUGGUUUUCGGCAGUGUUUAGUACAAGCUGUGUGUGAAAUGGGUGACUUGUCGGGUGCCAAAAAAGGGCAAAUCAUCAGAGGCCAAUUAAGAGCAUCUAUAACCUUAACCGCCCAAUUGUUGUGUGUUUUAACAAUUUAUGAUUGUGUUUUAACAAUUUAUGAUCUUUAUGAUUAUGGUGACUCGAGUAUGUUCACAGUUAUUGGGUGUUUUAAUUUAAAUAAAAUUGUAAUAAUUUAAAGGGAUAUUUCAC